CAAUGGUUUUUGAUCAAUGGAGCAUUUUUAAUCGCCGGGCAAAUUACUCCUUGGAACGCUCCGAUUAUUCUUCUGGCUCUUAAAUGGGGACCUGCUUUGGCCGUGGGAUGUACUGUGGUAACUAAACCUGCGGAGCAGACUCCACGGUGUACUUUGUACAUUGCUGCACUGACUAAAGAAGCUGGGUUUCCUCCAGGAGUUGUCAAUGUUGUUCCUGGGUUUGGGCCCACCGCGGGAGCUGCUCUUGCUGAACAUCCUGAUGUUGCUAAAAUUGCCUUCACUGGAUCUGUUGAGGUUGGGAAAUUGAUAAUGAAGGCUUCGGGAAAUAGUAAUUUGAAGCGCGUGACUUUGGAACUUGGCGGGAAGAGUCCUUUGGUUAUUUUUGAUGAUGUUAAUGUGGAUAAAGCGGUAAAAAUAGCCCACGAAGCAAUCUUCACAAACAGUGGCCAAAUUUGUUUCGCUGCAUCUCGAACUUAUGUUCACUCAAAAAUCUACGAUGAAUUUGUCGAAAAAUCUAAAGACUUGGCAUUGAAAAGAAAAGUAGGGAAUCCCUUUGAUCCGGCUACAGAGCAAGGACCUCAAGUAGAAAAAGAAAUAUUUGACCGGGCGCUCAAGUUUAUUGAAAUAGGAAAAAAAGAAGGCGCGAAAUUGCUGUUCAUCAACAACGAAUUUGUAGAUUCCGUGAGCGGAAAAAAAUUUCCAACAAUAAACCCAUCGAAUGGAGCCGUAAUUACCCAAGUAUCUGAAGGAGAUAAAGCCGACGUAGACAAGGCAGUGGCUGCUGCAAAACAAGCAUUUGCAAGAGGAUCUCCAUGGCGUGCAAUGGAUGCUUCUGCCCGCGGAGUUUUUAUUAACAAAAAUCUUACUCGAGUCGAUUUUAUUGUGGAGCUGGAAAGUAUUCAAGUAUUCCGACAUCAUCCUAGAGUUUGA